AUGGAUGCGCCACUUGCGCAGCGAACUUCAUCGCUUUAUGUCGGUGAUUUACCGGUAGAGAUGAAUAACCCGGAGGAAGUACUUGGUAGGCUGUUCGGCAGUGUUGGACCUGUUGCUUCUAUCAGAGUUUGUCGUGACAUGAAUACACAACGCUCUCUUGGCUACGCCUAUGUGAAUUUUCAGAACCCAGCAGACGCGGAGAAAGCCAUUGAGAGUUUCAACUACACAGAUAUUAUUCCUGGACAUUCUAUUCGUAUCAUGCCGUCAAUGCGUGAUCCUAUUUUGAGACGUGCUGGAAUUAAUAACCUUUAUGUGAAAAUAGCUGAUAGGUCAUUAACAGCAAGGGAUUUGCGUGACAUAUUUUCCAGGUAUGGUAAAAUUCUUUCUACCAAAGUAACUUGUGAUACGAACGGAAAAAGUCUUGGCUAUGGAUUUGUUCAAUUUGAAACCGCAGAGGGUGCUAAGACUGCUCUUGAAAAAAGUGUUGAGAGCCUUGGUGAAGCUAUCAUUGCCGUUGCACCUUUUGUUCGGAAAGCAGAACGUUUGGCGCAGGAAGAGAAAAAAUUUGUUAAUGUUUAUGUAAAGAAUAUUAAACCUGGAACUACAGAGGAUGAAAUACGAGGAGAAUUUAAUAAAUUUGGAGAAUUAAAGUCUUUAUUUCUUUCAGGACAUCCUCAACAUCAAACCAUGUUUUGUAUUCUUUCUUUUUUGACACAUGAUGCCGCAGUUGCUGCCAUUGAAGCCAUGCACAACAGUGUCUCUAGUCCCAUUCUGCUACCCGAUAGUAAACUUUUUGUCUGCAGAGCUUUGAAAAAACGAGAUCGUCAAGAAAUUGCUCAAAGUAGUCAGACUUUAUAUCAAAGUCAAGGUCGAAAUCUUUAUAUAAAACAUCUGGAUGAAAGUGUAACACGCGAAAAACUUGAAGAACUUUUUUCUCCAUUUGGAAAAAUUGUUUCAUGUGUUUUGAUGAAGGAUGCAUCUGGAGUUUCAAGAGAAUUUGGGUUCGUUUGCUUUGAAGCGAAAGAAAUUGCUGACACUGCCCUACGUGAAAUGAACGGCAAAACUGUCUUUGGGAAGCCUUUGUAUGUCAGUUACGCAGAGCAAAAAGAUAUGCGGUCUCGCAUACUUCAUGAGAAAAUACAAAGGAUGAUACGACAGCAGCAUCAACGCACUACUAUGCCAAUGACCAUAUUAAGCAAACCGUGGACUCGCAACUAUCCGGCUAAUUCUGUUUUCAGGCCCCCAUUCAUGCAACCAUUCCAUGCGAGACGGCAGCCACCUCAUCCUCCUCCUCCAAUGUUUAUGACCUCAUCUAUGCAGACGCCACCACCUCCUCCUCCUCCAGUACCAUCCCAGUUAAUGAACCACGGAACCAAUAGAACUUAUUACACACAACCCCAUUUUCCAGUACCGCCACUACCACCGCCACCACCUCCACCACCACCCAUUCACUCGGCACAACAGGUGUGGCAAGGCGCCAAUGGUGAAGCUUUACGAGAGAGUCAUCUUUCGAAUUUAUCACCUGAGGAAAAGCGAAAUAUUCUGGGAGAACGCUUGUUUAGCAAGGUAAUGGAAAUUCAACCGAAUCAAGCGGCAAAAAUUACUGGCAUGUUGCUUGAGAUGGAAACAGCAGAAAUUCUUGAAAUCCUGAAUACAUCAUCUCUUUUAACAGCAAAGGUUGAGGAGGCCAUCGUAGUUCUCCGUCAACAUACAAACCGAGUAUAG